AAAAACUUAAAUUUCUUCCUUAUUAUGUGGAAUUUCUGUGAUCACCUACACCACUUUCCAUAAUUUUGCUUCUUUGUGGAGGAGACUGUUUUGACAGACCAUGGCCACUCAGGAGCAUGAGAUCUCGAAGGGAUGGCCAUUUGGGCUUGAGAUUAUGAACGCAAGACUUGAAGUGAUGGAGAGCAGACAGCAGGCAGCUCCGGCAGCAGUAGAUCAACCUUACUCCAUUCAAAUGCGAUCAAUCAGUUUCUCCUCAAUAUCAUCCUCCAACCUUGACACUGAGUCCACAGCAUCAUUCUUCCAAGACCAUAGUGUAUCACUAGGCAAACUAAUCGGAUUAAAGGCAGGCGAUAGAAGAAGAAGCUUGUACUUCCCAAAUGCAUUCCAUUUUGAAGAGGGUAAUCAGAAAAUAUCAGUAAGAGGUGGAACAUGCUCCAAUAUCAAUAUCAAUAUGACUAAACCACAUCAACAUGGGGUUGAUACAUCAACUGGAAUUUGCAUUCCUUUUCUACUAAAGAUGAGCCGAAGCCGGAGCAAACCAAGAAAUUAAUCAUCAUCACACCAAAUAAUCAAUCUUCAGAAUAAACAUUCAUGGCUUCAGCCAUCUUCUGUUUUCAGAAAUUAGUGAUUCAUUGUAACUCUCUAGUUUUUCUCUUUAAUUGGCUGGUUCACACCAUUUGGAAUAACAUUUUGUACUCGGGCUAUAUUGCUUUUGCUGUAUUUCAUAAAGAAUGCCCUUAUUA